UAGGUUUUAUCAUCGAAACAUUGUUGCAGUCAAUUUAUAUGAAUCGUUUUUAAUUUGUUGAAGAAUGAAUCAUCUUUUACUAUAUACGGAUGAUUUCAGUUUUUCAUUCAUAAAAACAAACAAAAAUCUUAUCUUGGGAUCGGGCAGUGUGUGACAGUAUGUUGUAAAUCGGUUUGUUUGCUGGCGCUUAUACAAUUGCAGUUGUAUGAAUUAUCAGAUGUAGGUAAAGUUUGUAUUACUAUGAUGUCUUGAUGAUUUGGUGGUUUUUUUUUUACAAUGUAAAAAAAACUUACCUUUUAAUGAAAAUCCCUAUCGGCAAUGAAGUUUCUCCCUCGAGACUCGAGUUAUUUCUAUUUUUGUUUUGAUAGGGAACAGAUCUUUAGAAUCAAAAAAUGACGAGUUCAACCACCAAAAACCAAAUGGAAACUUUGGUUGGUUUUAUGGAGAAAAAUCCGGAUAUCGCCUCUGGAUAUACCAAAAAGAGCAAGGAGGAAGUAACAAGUUUUUGGCAAACUGUGGAACGUGAGCUCAACAGUAUUGGACCACCUAUUAAGUCAAUAUUGGAAUGGAAAAAGGUGUGGACAGAUAAAAGGAAGUAUAUAAAAAAUAAAAUAUCGGAAAACCUUAAAAUGAAGCAGUCAACUGGAGGGGGCCCAUUCCGAGAGUAUAAAUUUGCUCCUUUGGACCAAACAAUAAUCAAAUUAUGUGGAAUGACUCAAUCUGUAGAAGGUUGUUCUGAUUCUCGGAAAUUUGGGUUGCCUUCGUGCUCAAAACGACAAAAUGAAAACCAAGAUGCCAAAAUAGAAAAUGUGUUAGUAUCUCCACCAUCUAAAAAAUACAAAACUUCGGAGACCAUACCCACAGCUGAAGAAUUGGAAUUUUCACCAAUGUCUGAGGGCGACGACUUCGGGCAAAUUAAUGCAAAUACAAGUGAGUCUUUCAGUCAUAUAGCAAAGCCAAUCUCAUGUCCAUCUAAAAACGCAACAGCAACAAAAAGCACUGCUGAAUUUUUGGAAAAAGAACUUCAACUUCAUAGGGAAAUUUGUGAUAAAAUUGGGCUAGCAAUAGAAAAAUAUGACAAAGAAAGAGCAAACAAUCAAGUCCAACAUAAUGAAAUAAAAAUUAGCCUACAAAAAAUAUGCAAAUCAAUUGAUCGUCUCUGUGACCACCAGCAAAAAUAUUUUGAAGAACAAAAACGUAAUAAUUUGGAAAUGGAACAAUUUCGAAGAUGUCAGCUUGACGAACAAAAGCGUAAUAACAUUGAAAUGGAACGAUUUCGAAAAUGUAAACUUGAAACGAAUAUUCAAUAUAAGCAAAUAGGAAUUGAAAAUGUAGAAGCCCAGCUUCGACUUUUAAAUUAA